AUGAUAAACAACUACAAAUGUCUAGUGGAACUCUACAAAGGCCAAUGUAAUCCAAAUAACCCUAACAUAUGUGUAAACCCUGACGGCACAUACGAAGAGAACAUAGCUGAUCAGUUGGGCGUCAGAUGGGCCUACAAUGCCUUCAAGAAGUACACCUUACGUAAUUUAAUCAAAAAUCGACCAAAAUCAAAAUUUCUGUUGCAGCUGAGUGACGAUCAGCAAUUCUUUGUCAAUUUAGCUCAGACUAUGAAUAUCUUAACACCAUGGGAUAGCUAUAUAACAUACGAUUCACAUGCCCCUGCUCCAGUUAGAUGCUGGAGAACUUUGGCCAACUUCCCAGCGUUUGCCAAUGCUUUUAAUUGCCCGAAGGAUAGUGUUUUCAAUUCAAAAGUUAAAUGUCCGUUGUUUGCUGGAGAUUUGGAGAAAUAA